CCCCCUCCCCUCCCCCUUUCCCGCCAUGGUGGCCACCGAGGGUCUGCGGGAGAUGGAGGGCAGCGCGCUGCGGCGCCUGGUGUGCCGCGACGAGGCCGGCCCCGGCGGCCCCGGGCGGUGCCUGCUGCUGGACUGCCGCCCCUUCCUGGCGCACAGCGCCGGCCACAUCCGCGGGGCGCUCAACGUGCGCUGCAACACGAUCGUGCGGCGGCGGGCCAAGGGGGCCGUCAGCCUGGAGCAGAUCCUGCCGGCCGAGGGCGAGGUGCGGGCGCGGCUGCGCGCGGGGCUGUACGCCGCCGUCGUGGUGUACGACGAGCGCAGCCCGCGCGCCGAGGCCCUGCGCGAGGACAGCACCGUGGCGCUGGUGGUGCGCGCGCUCCGCCGCGACACGGCGCGCGCCGACAUCCGCCUCCUGGCAGGGGGUUACGAGCGUUUCUCCUCGGAGUACCCUGAAUUCUGCGCAAAAACCAAGUCCCUGAGCAAUGUGUCACCCCCCAGCAGCGCUGAGCCCCUGGAUUUGGGCUGCAGUUCCUGUGGGACCCCUCUUCAUGACCAGGGUGGCCCUGUGGAAAUCCUUCCCUUCCUCUACCUUGGCAGCGCCUACCACGCUGCCCGGCGGGACAUGCUUGAUGCACUGGGCAUCACAGCCCUGCUGAACGUCUCCUCAGACUGCCCCAACCACUUCGAGGGGCACUACCAGUACAAGUGUAUCCCCGUGGAGGACAACCACAAAGCUGACAUCAGCUCCUGGUUCAUGGAGGCAAUUGAAUACAUAGACUCGGUGAAGGAGUGCUGUGGCCGGGUCCUAGUCCACUGCCAGGCUGGUAUCUCCCGCUCAGCCACCAUCUGCUUGGCUUACCUGAUGAUGAAGAAGCGUGUCAAGCUGGAGGAGGCCUUUGAGUUCGUCAAGCAGCGCCGGAGCAUCAUCUCCCCCAACUUCAGCUUCAUGGGGCAGCUGCUGCAGUUUGAGUCGCAGGUGUUGGCCACCUCAUGCGCAGUGGAAGCUGUCAGCCCCUCGGGGACACUGCGGGAGCGGGGCAAGGCCACCUCCACCCCCACCUCCCAGUUUGUCUUCAGCUUCCCCGUCUCUGUGGGUGUCCAUGCCACCCCCAGCAGCCUCCCAUACCUGCACAGCCCCAUCACCACGUCGCCCAGCUGUUAGCUCAGGGGCUGGGGCCAGCCGGGCACAUAGUGGCAGGCGCGGAGGGGGCAGGGGGGCAUGGAACCCCAUGAUGUUAAGCAAUAGUGCCGGACACUGCCAUUCACCCUGGACUCAAUGUCUUUUUCGUAGAGAAAUUUCUUACCUCAUCUUGGUUUUUUUGCUUUUUAAUUUUAUGUUUUGAAAGCACGGGAAAUUGUAAAAGCCACAAACCCUGACAUUUUCCAGGCUCUUUGGGGGAGGGAAAAAACAGUAUACUGGGUUUCCUCAAGUGCCUGGUCUUCAUCUCUUUCCGUCCCCAUUUUAUUGUGGGGUUUUCUAAACAAAAAAGACACACCUCCCCGUGUUUCUGCCCCUAGCUCAUCUGGGUUGAAAAGGGAGCAAUACCCUCCUUUUAUUGUGCAGCAGUCUUCCCCCUUGCACAGACUGACAUGGGUGUGUGUGGUGGGUGCUGCUUACCUGAGCCAGUUACACUGGGUGACAUGCAGAGCUGCAGGCAGGGCCUUGGGGCAAGCAGGAGUGGUGGUGGCACAGGGCUGCCUGCAGUCAGCCUCACCCCUGCCAGCGCCUGGGGAGGCGAUGCUGCAGCUUUUGGUCCAAGCCUAGAAAAUGCCUCAUCUUCACUUCAACCCACCUGGAGCCUUAUUUCCCACCCUGCCUCUCUCCUUCCCCCCCGUCCAAUCCAACACACAAGAUGCCUGUGUGGCUGAUGUACAUAUGUAUGGUUUUGUUCCUUUUUUUU